AUGGAAAACAUGUUGGUAUCUCAUCAUGAUGCCGUUACACUAUAUAAAAUGAAUAAUAUCAUGAGAUUUUAUCAACAUACAUUUAGAUCACUGAUUAAAUCUACUGCCUCGCUCAAUUUAUGCCUAGAUGAAGUUCAGAAGCUCUGUAAAAGGCUAUUACUAAACACUCUCAAACAAUUUGUCAAACAAACUCUAGAACAACCUGACCAUCCAAACUUAAACUUAUCUCCGAAUGAACUAAUCACUGACACUCUACAAUUACUUAUCCAAAUGGUCGGUGAUCAAGAUAUUUCAUUACUGCCAAACGAUGAAGUAAAAGUCGAACGUGCAGAGGUAAUCGAUUGUUUGGUAUCUCCUUUGAUCACUUACUGCGAGAAGUCUGCUAGUUUACUCAACUUUAAUUCACUAUCGCACUUAAGGCAUCUAGAUGACCAACUACCCACUAACCCACCUGAUAACCCUUCAGUAUCAAUAUACCUAGUCAACUGUUUUAAUGCUAUUCAGGUUAGUCUUUCAGGGAUUCCCUCUAGUGCUAGUCAAGUAGAACAAGUUGCACUGAAAUUAGACAACUGUCUGAAUUCACUGGUUGUUGCACAAGUUUCCUUCAUACUUGAAAGGACAGGUCUUUUGUCAAUAAACCAAAGACUUGGCACUGUUCAGGAUCCUAAUGUUCCCCAGUACACGAUAUCCGAAUUUCAUGACAUGUUGGUGGAUUUCAAUAAAUAUUUAUCGAAUCCAGACAAACUAUGCCUUACUGACAUGAACAAAAUAUGUUCCCAACAGUUACGAAGGCUGGUUCGUCGUCGUUCUGCUGACCAGAUUCAUAGUUACUACCAAUCUGUUCACCAAGCAAUCAUGAAUGUAACCGAAACUUGUUCUGAAACCGAUACAACUGUACAACUUUGUACUCCACAACAUGUCGCUGAACUAAUUCUCAACUUCUGA